UGCUGCUGCUGCAAGAACCGGGAACUGGGAGGGGUUUCUCUGGCCCUGGGAGGAGGAGAUAGAAGCCAGAGCAGCCUUUUGCUUCGCAGCCUCUGCUUCUUAGCCUUGCCAGGCAGACCCCAAGCCCAGGAGGAGAAGUUUUCUCACAGUUUUGAUCAGUUGUGACAAUGCGUGAAUACAGUGAAAACAAGGAAACAUGUGGGACCAUCUGUCUCAAAUACCUGCUGUUCAUCUUCAACUUCUUUUUCUGGCUGGCAGGUGGAGGUGUAAUGGCAGUGGGCAUCUGGACUCUGGCUGAGAAGAGUGAUUACAUUAGCCUCCUGCAGUCCAAUACAUACAUGGCAACAGCCUACAUCUUGGUUGUGGCAGGUGUUGUUGUCAUGAUCACUGGCAUCUUGGGUUGCUGUGCUACAUUCAGAGAGCAGCGGAGCCUGCUGAGAGUGUAUUUUAUAUUGCUGCUGUGCAUCUUCUUGCUGGAGAUAAUUGCUGGAAUCUUAGCCUAUAUCUAUUACCAGCAGCUGAAUGCAGAGCUCAAGCAAAAUCUGAAGGAGACAAUGACUAAGAAGUACCAGAAGGAGGGAGAAGAGGGCGUGACCAGUGCAGUGGACAAACUGCAGCAGGAGUUUAAAUGCUGUGGCAGCCAUAAUUAUACAGACUGGAGUGACAGCGAUUGGAUCAAAUCUCCUGAAGGUAAAGGGAGGAAGGUCCCAGAUAGCUGCUGCAAGACAAUAACGAACAAUUGUGGUCAAAGAGAUCAUCCUUCAAACAUCUAUAAAGAGGGUGGCUGCAUCACUAAACUGGAAAAUUUCAUACAGGAACACCUGAAAAUUAUUGGAGCAGUGGGGCUUGGCAUUGCAUUUGUACAGAUAUUUGGGAUGAUCUUCACUUGCUGUUUGUACAGGAGCUUGAAAUCAGAACCUUACUAGGAGCUUAAAGUCCACCCACCUGCUCAACUCCAACACGUUCCAUCCCAUCACCCUACCCUUCAUCCAGCAGCGUGGAAGAAUCAACCUCACAAGGACUUUUGCUGCUUAUUGAAACUUAUUCUUGGAUCACCCAGUGCCUCUGCCAGAGAUAACAGCCCCCUUCCAUUUUGCAGCAGUAAGGGGAGGUUAAGUGCUUCAUCACCCAGCUGUGUUUCUUUGUGGUCCAAAAUAAUGUUGUAAAAUUUUGCCUGCAAGAAACUGUAACAAGUCAAGCUGAGUAUACAAUCUGAAAGAGACGUCAUCCAAACCACCAAGGAUCCAGUGCUUCCUUGUUUCAUCUUCAGUCUUUUUAAUCAAUAUCUUGGAUAUUUCCUGAGGGAUGAGAACUGGCCAUGAUGCAAAAAGCAUACGCAGGUUGCAGGCUUCAAUACUUUCUUCCUGCCCAGAAGAAAUGCCAUACAGAAGUCUGAUGACAGCUUCAUUUCAUCCAAGGAAGACAUUGCCCUUGCUAGCUGCCACCCCUGCUGGGCUAUCUUUCACCUUGAUUUUCUGGAGGAUUUGCCCAAGAGAUGGAUGGACUAGCUUACCCAACCAAGCCAACAGUUCUUUUCUCAAGGACUCACUCCCUCCUGCUUGUGCAGAAGGUCCCUCUAAAAAGAGAGAGAAAUGUUGUGCCUUUCAAACCAUGUGUUGGAGGACAUUCUUUUGUUCUCUUAAUUAGAAGCCUUAGUCUAUUUAUAAAAGAAAGAAAAAAAAACCAUACAGCUCUGGAGGUUUCAGUUAAAGUGGUUUCAUGCCAUUACAAAACUGUCAAGGUGCUGUCAAGAUAAGCCCACUUUGUGGAAUAAAACAUGCCCUGACUUAGAUCCUUCCCCAGAAUGACACUUCAUUUAGUUAGAGAGAAAAUGAAUUAGAAGAAAAUAGCAUUACUAGCUUUUAUAUCAAUCUUAAAGGUUUCAUUAGCCAGCCAGGUAUUAUCUGACUGGACUUGAGAUCCAGAACUCAUCUCUCUUGUUCCCCUCUCUCAUUAAUUUACUAAGUGUGCUACAUUUUUUUUAAAGUUGACUUGGAGUAUCUUUUUUAAAAAUGACAGUAAGGCAUGAACCAAAUUGAAUUACAUGAUACAAAGGAGAAGAGUGCCUGGUAUCUUCUGUAACCAUAGUGCCUACUUCCUCUUUCAUGGGGGAAGUUGACUUAGGAAUGACUUCCACCACUGGAUUUGUUAGGUUUCUCAAGAGUUCAUCUGUACCAAAGGUUGUCACCAAUAGUUGUUUUCUAAGCACCCUUUAUAUGUCCUGGUUCUAUGGCCAAUGCCACAAUAUUACCCAUCCUUAGCUUUUCCUAUUGUACUAUUGCCUCAUGCCUUGGUUUCAAUACUGGAACAUUUUGGUUAUCCCCUAUUUCCACACUACAUUUAUGUGUCUAAUUCUGCAGCAACAACAUCCAAGAGAAUAUACUUCACAUAACAUUGAGAAGCUGCUAAGUAGAUAAUCGUGGCAGCUUGUGUAUUGACAUCAUUAGCUUCUUUUCAAAUAGUUGCAUUGCAGGUCCAUAGCAGAUUUUCAUCCCUGUCUUCCCAGGCAUAGUAGCAAGAGAAAUCAAAUAGUCUAAAGGCAUUUAGUUUUUCCUUUUGAAAGUUAGUGACUUCAGACCUGGCCAUCCUUCUUCCCUAACCCAUGAGUUUCCUGUGUGAAUUUCUUCCAUGAAUUCUAAGUGGCUGAUGGCCAUGUGUAGCCCUGGCAGGCCAGCACUUCACAUAAGCAUGCUUUCCUGUAACUAUUUUUUUUUUGUAGCUUAUUGCACCUUCACAGAGGAGUGUCCCCUUGACUUUGUCAAGAGAUUCCAACCCGAUAGAGUAUUCAGUAGGCAGCUAGGAAGGUGAAAAUGAAUCUUUCCAUCAUCAUUAUGUGCAAAUGUAACACAGUGGAGAGAUUUUCUGCCAUUCCCAUUGUCAAAAAGAACAAAUAUCUAUAUUGCAGGAUAAAAUUACUAAAUUAUUUCUUGACAUCUGCAUAGCAUUUUUGCUUUGAGAAAUUGAUGACUAACUAAAAUGGAAACUACUGACUACAGUUGCUUGAAACAGUAUUUGACUACUGAAAUGUCUAUGUAUAUUGCUAGCCUUCUUUUCCCCCAUCCUCCUAUGAACUGUAUUGUGCUAUAAGGAGAGAGCACCAGGUGUGUCAGUUGAUAGUUUGUCUCUGGUCUUCUCUUUUCCUCAUACAAUAACCAUGCUUUAAAUGCAAUUUUAUGUUGCUGGUCAAUAAAGCUAAUGUGUUAUA